CGGAAGCCCAUUUUGGUCUGCUCGCACUCACAUGGUUACCCGGAAGCAGUACAAGAGGAAAGCGUUGAUUCUACGAAAGUUGCCGGGCUAAAAAUUGGACGGGUUUUUUUUUUUUCAACCCCGAUUCAUUUCAAUUUACUCAUCCAAGUACAGCAAUGAGUCUGCUAAACAAGCCGAAGUCGGAGAUGACACCGGAGGAGCUGCAGAAACGAGAGGAGGAAGAGUUUAACACCGGACCGCUGUCUGUGCUCACCCAGUCGGUCAAAAACAACACCCAAGUUCUCAUCAACUGCCGUAACAACAAGAAACUGUUGGGUCGCGUCAAAGCUUUCGACAGGCACUGCAACAUGGUCCUGGAGAACGUGAAGGAGAUGUGGACCGAGGUACCCAAGAGCGGCAAGGGGAAGAAGAAGUCAAAGCCGGUCAACAAGGACCGCUACAUCUCCAAGAUGUUUCUGAGGGGCGAUUCCGUCAUCGUGGUGCUGAGGAACCCCCUCAUCACUGGGAAAUGAAAGGUUUUUUUUCUCCAACCUUUGCUCCCUCCACCCCCCACCCCCUCCCCACAAAAAUGGAUGUUGAUAUUACUUCCUGUAUUGAAGCUGUUCGUUUCAGCCGAAUGCUUCACCAUUGAUUAAAUUCCUGGAUUCAUCUUUUUUUAAAAAUUUUGCCCCCUUACAGCCUUCUGGGACAGUGUUGUCCUGGUUUAAACCCCCUUUAUCUCCCCCUUCUGAAGGUGAACACCUGUGCUGUCCCCAGGCACAUAAAUGGUGGAAUGUCUUUCAGAAAUGUGUUUAUUGAGGGACAGCUCUACACUUGUGUUUUUUACAGAAAAGUGCUUCAGCAGCUGUUUCAUACUGUUCCAACAUUUGGCGGUGUGUUUUCAGAGAAAUUUGUAACAUUUUGUUUAGUUUUGUUAAGGAAAGGCUCAACAGCUUUUUUUUUUUUUCCUGUUUGUUUAGUUUUUUUUAUAACUGAGGAAAAGGUUGUGCAAUGGGACUGUGCACAGCUCUGUAAAUUGUCAAAUUAAAGUUGUGAGCUGCA